AUGAUACCAGCAAUCGAGCCCGUGAUCACCACGGCUUUGAUCUUCGGUGGCUGCUGCACCAAUGUCUUCGCUCUCGAGGCGAUUGUCAAACUUGAAUCGAGCAGUGGCUUGAUCAUUACCUUGACGCAGUUCGUGUUGACGACUGGUCUUGCUUAUCUGACGCAAUUCGAACCUGGUGCGCCGUUGACAGUGCGUCCGACCAAGGUGCCGAUUUCAAGAUGGGCAUUUAUCGCGUUCAUGUUCUUCAGCAUCAACAUGCUGAAUAACUGGGCGUUUGCCUAUAACAUCAGUGUUCCGGUGCACAUCAUUUUACGCAGCUUUGGCAGCGUCACGACUAUGAUUGCAGGGGCUCUUCGAGGCAAACAUUACAGCCCAUUGCAAAUCUUCAGCGUCGUGCUUCUCACAUGCGGCGUCCUCAUCAGCGCGUGGGCUGAUUCAGAGAGCAAGGGCAAGUCAAUGUCCGUUGGAAGCAGUGCCUCGACAUGGGAAUUCGCCCAAGGUCUGGGGAUUCUGCUCAUAGCCCAGUUUUUCUCUGCAUUCCAAGGUGCAUACACAGAAGACACGUACGCGAUGUACAAGGCAAGCUGGACAGAGAAUCUGUUUUACUCGCACGUCCUCAGCUUGCCACUCUUCGUACCUCUUGCUGGCACACUCCGAGACCAGUAUCGGAAGCUUGCAGCAACGCCACACGUCAACGUGCGACAAUAUUUGGCGGACGACCUGGGAGGAAAGGGCUCCCUCGCUGCUGGGGACAACGUUCUCGAACUUCUUUGUGCAUCGGUUGAAACAAUGCCUCAGGGCCUUUUGUUCUUGCUCACGAAUGCCGUGACCCAACUGGCGUGCAUAUCGGGGGUCAACCUGCUCUCCGCCAAGUCUUCUGCGGUCACUGUGACGAUAGUGUUGAAUAUUCGCAAGCUGGUGUCUUUCAUCAUGAGCACGCUCCUGUUUGGACACCAGCUGAAUGCGAAGAUGGUAAUCGGGUCGGCUUUGGUGUUUGGAAGCGGAGCAUUAUAUGGGUGGGAGACCAGUUGGCGGAUUCCUCAGCAAAGGAAGAAGGCCAGAGAAGCGGCGAAUGGAGCGGUGUCGUCAAAAGAGAAGAAAUAG